AGUUCAGUACAGGGAAAACUCACCUCCUGCAUGCAGCGUUUCAGUUUGUCGAAAUCAUUUUUUUAAGUUAGGUUAUAAUCGUAUGCAUCAAAUCAUACAAUUAAUUAUAAGCUAGUUUUUUAAGGAAAAAACUUAAAUUUAGUGAAUUUGCAGUGCGAAUAAAUUGAGAUUCUCGCAGACGAACACUUGGCGGAAACGAAAGUUACGUGUUGAAGGCGUGGCUUUGGUUUUCUUAGCUAAAACACCCAAAAAGUGUGGAUAUAGCAUAUGCAAACCCCUUAAGAAGUCGGAGUUUAUUCACCUUAAGCUAGCUAUAUUUUGCUAAAACAACAUUAACGCUAAAAAAAAAACUACAGAAAAAACUAGCCAAACUACUCACGAGUUACAACGGUGGUAAAAGUACUGAAAUCGGUGACAAACAAGGCAACGAAAGUAUAGAAAACUUUACGGAAGUAACAGAAGAAGUAACGGCCUAAAAACGAUUUCAACAACAGCAACUAGUCCUCAGAAGAUCAUGGAGGAGGAUGAGAGGGGAAAACUGUUUGUUGGCGGUCUAUCGUGGGAGACGACGCAGGAAAAUCUUUCACGUUAUUUCUGCCGUUUUGGAGAGAUUAUUGAUUGCGUCGUAAUGAAGAACAACGAGAGUGGUCGUUCGCGCGGAUUCGGCUUUGUGACAUUUGCGGAUCCGGCAAAUGUAAGCCAUGUACUACAGAGUGGGCCUCAUACUCUUGACGGCCGUACAAUUGAUCCAAAACCGUGUAACCCACGUACACUGCAGAAACCUAAAAAAGGAGGCGGCUAUAAAGUAUUCCUUGGUGGUUUGCCGUCCAAUGUUACUGAGACGGAUUUACGUACUUUCUUUGGACGGUAUGGCAAAGUAACUGAGGUCGUGAUCAUGUAUGACCAAGAGAAGAAAAAAUCGCGAGGAUUUGGCUUUCUAUCCUUUGAAGAAGAAUCAUCGGUGGAACAUGUUACUAAUGAACGCUACAUCAAUCUUAAUGGAAAGCAAGUGGAAAUUAAAAAGGCGGAACCUCGUGAUGGAUCUGGUGGCCAAAACGCUAAUAACAGUAAUGUUAGUGGUGGUUAUGGCAAACUUGGUAACGAGUGCAACCACUGGGGCCCUCAUCAUGCUCCAAUUAACAUGAUGCAAGGUCAGAACGGCCAAAUGGGAGGACCACCACUUAAUAUGCCAAUUGGUGCGCCGAAUAUGAUGCCAGGCUACCAAGGCUGGGGCACUUCGCCACAACAACAAGGCUAUGGAUAUGGGAACAGUGGUCCUGGUUCUUACCAAGGUUGGGGAGCACCACCAGGCCCCCAAGGACCACCACCACAAUGGUCAAACUAUGCUGCUGGUCCCCAACAAACCCAAGGAUAUGGAGGUUAUGAUAUGUACAAUUCAACUUCAACUGGCGGGCCAUCUGGUCCUUCAGGCGGUGGCAGUUGGAAUUCGUGGAAUAUACCACCCAACUCGGCUGGUCCAACAGGAGCACCAGGCGCUGCUGCCGGAAGCGCUACAGAUAUGUAUUCGCGCGCUCAAACGUGGGGAGCAGGAGGUCCCUCGACAACUGGCCCCGUAGGCGGAAUGCCACGUACUGGUCCGGGUAAUUCCGCUUCAAAAUCGGGCUCGGAGUAUGACUACGGCGGUUACGGCUCUGGUUAUGACUAUGACUACACCAGCUACAAACCAGAUGGCGGUGCUUCGAAUUAUGGCGCCGGGCCGCGUUCAGCGUAUGGAAAUGACAGUGCAACACAACCACCAUACGCUGCCUCACAGGCAGUCUAAGACGCAUUAGUCGAAACACACACUUAAAGCGCCCAACUUGCAGCGUCCUCGCCGAACUAGUGAACGCUGCCUUUCGGCCUUGUAUGUGUGAAACAAGAUUAAAUUUAAGCUUAGCGUCUAUUCAUUCAGUUCAGUUGUUGAAAUUAAUUACUAACUAUAUAUACUACAUAAACAAAUACUAAAUAUAAAGUUUAUAUACAUACAUUACUUAUAUUGAGGAAAAAGGACAAAGAAUAUAAAAAUAUGUGAAGGCAUAAACAUAAAGCAAGAAGCAUUAGGCACUUAACAUACAUACAUAAACACUGCUACCAUCCGUUAUACACAGACACAGAGUAAACAUAAAUCGUAGCUUAAAAUCACAAGCAAAAAGUAAAUUCAUGAUUUGAAAGAUUUUAGAGAACAAAUCGUAAACUGUUCACAUUAAUCUAGUAUAAAUUUGAUAGAAUAAAUCAACUGGUACAGCAAUACGGAUAUGCGAGACUGUAGAAAAAAUGGGCAUAUGUGGUAGCGCCCUUAUUUUGAAUUAUUUGAGUUAUUUAUUUUUGCAUGAAUUAAUGAAUGAAUGCCCAAAAUAACUCGCUUUUAGGCACAAUACAAUAAUUUAGAUGCAUAUUUUUCGGGAAUACAUUUAUACUUAACGUGUUAUAAGUUGUACCUAAUCAUUUGAAUAAGCUAUUAGUGUUUAAGGAGUUGUUUUAUCUCACUCCCCAGUAAUAUUUACUUUUAGUUCUCUAUAUUAGGAAGUUUGUUGAUCUGUAAAUUCGUUGCAUAUCUGUGCGUUUGCCGCAUUUAAGGCACUACAGUCUAAUCUAGCUGGCAGUUCCAGUUGAUUUUCCCUUUUUUAUAAUUUCAAGAGAGUAUUGUUAAAUUUCAUUUAAAAAUUUUAUUUUGUGUGCGUAAAUUUUAUACGCCAAUAUACAUAUAUAACUUAUGGUAACACUUAUGGUUUGAUGUUUAGUUACAACUAAAAUUAUAGUAAAAAUAGUAAAUUACAAUAUCUUAAUAAUAUACAAAACUACAUAUGCAUUACUAUUUUAAUUUUGAUGAAUGUAAAUGAGAAAAAUUGAAUAGGUGAAGACGAAAUGUAAACACAUAAAUUCACUUUAUAACCUAUGAAGGAUAACAAAAAUUAUGUGUAGUAAUAGUGAAUUAAUGAGCCAAUAUAUAUAGAUACAAAUAUAUAUUUACCUACAAAUAUAGUUUACGUACAAUAAUUUAUCAAAAUUUAAUGAAACAAGAGGACAAAAAAAAAAGGAAAAUGAACAAAAAAUUACAUUUGAAGUUGAUAAGAGUAAAUAAACGGAAUGUUUUAAUUUAGAAAUAGUAUAUGUCAUCAAUGAUGUAGUCUAUAUAUAGUUUAUAACUAUUACUACGAUAAUUACCACUACAACUUACGUGACGGUGUCCGCGAAAGUAAUGCAAAUAAACAAAAAUAGUAGUAAACACAAAAGGUGGUUUGUAAAAUUGUUUUUCAAAAGGGAUGCAAUUGUCCUUGCGAUAAGUACGAGUUUUUAAAAGAGUGCAUUUGUAUUUUGGUUUAAAUUGUUAACAUCGUCAUGUCCACAAUUACUUUAAAAUGUGCUUUAAAUAAAUAACUUAUGUUGGACGUGGUUUCAUAUAAGACUUACCAUCCAUGUAAGCUAUGGUUAUACUUUUGAAUUUACCUGCUUUUUGUGAGCACCAAAAAAUCAAUUUUCUGUUUUUAUUUUCUUCGAGAACCAGUUCAGUUACAUUAACAUGCUUACGACGAAAAUAGAUGUUACAAGGAUUAAGCUAAAACAUUAAAGAUUCUUAUAUUAUUCAAACGGAACGGAAACAAAAUGGUGGUAGCUAGUGUUCGCAAAUAUCACCGAUGCGAGCCUCAGAAAAGAAAAAAAAAUAAACUAAUAGAAUAUUAUAACAAGAAAACCUGACGUAAUUAUUAAAUUUAAUAUAAAUACCAGAUACAAUAACAAUAAAUUACUGUAAACACACCUACAUACUUUAAAAAGCAUACAUAACUAAAUUACAUUUAAAUGGAGAAUAGAAAAAAAUUACAAUUUAUUAUCUACCACAUACAUUUAAAUCUAUGUAAAAUUAAAUUAAUCGUAACAUAAUGAUAACUAAUUUAACAAAACAAAAUAAGUACAUAUUUGAUAGAACGAAUGCUAAAUUACAAUUACAAAUGAAACAAAUCUAAAUUUAAUGUACGCUAGUAUAAAAUUUUAACGUAAAACUAAAUUAAAUAGCAAGCAACCACUUGAUGCAAAGUUAAAGUAAACGUAACGUAACGUAAAGUAAAAGAGGAUUAAACACAAAACCAACACUGACUGUUAAUUGUAAAACAAUUUCUUUAAUUAUUAUGAUUUACUAUAAAUUUUAAAGUUUACAUUUUAAUUGAAUAUAUAAUAUAUACAUACAUAUAUUAAAAUAUAUACAUAUAUAUUUAAAUACAUGCAUACAUACUUAUUAUCAAAUAUCGUAAUUAAAUGAAAUACUUUUCAACCUAACAUGAGAUGAGACGGGAAGCUACAUACAUAGGUAAAAUGAAUGAGCCUUGAGGCAUAUCUUGGGUAUGUUAUACAUAUAAUUUUUCUGCAUUGUUAUGCUUUCAUAUUGAGUUAAUAUUGCUAACUCGUCAGUUAUAAAAUAAAAUGAGGUGAAUUUUGCUAAUAA